GUCCGAAUUCAGGGAGCACUUCUUCACUUAGGGCACACUCCUCACGGGUUGUCAUUUAGCGCCCAGCCCCACAUGAUGUCACUGUCAUGAAUCUUAACUUGGAUACGUAUACCCGGCACGCGACGCCUAGCCCCCACACGCUGGCCCAAGAGGAUGAUCUGCCGGGGCUACUUAUUGCGGAUGAACGGCUUGUGACAUACACAGAUGUAUCGCCUUCGUAUCUGCAUUAUAUGAGUACCACGUCACUCGCCGAGAGCAGACCAGCGAAGAUCCUGCGCGCAGGCUUCUCCCACGAUGACUGGCUGGGGCUUAAAGCCCUCUUUACGAAGGCCGCAAGGCUUUUCAACGAUAGUGAAGGUGCAAAUCGCGAUCUCAUCACGCUGACACGCGCUGUAAUCCAUCAGUGCCACCAUGCCCUUGUCUCCCACCUAGACAUCAUUUUGGGUACUCCGGAGGAUAAGGAGAGGCAGCCAUCUAUACCACUGAGAUCCCUAGACCUACAUUUCCUUCGCCUUCUCGAACAUCGCAAGUUUCCGACAACAGCCCAGGAGAAGGGGUGGACGACAUGUAACGAAAAGGAAAGGAUAGCAAUCGAUUUUCUCAGUGAACUCCAUGGCAUCUUGGGAACGGCCCUGUUCUUUUUCGGAAAAAUCAUUGCCAAAGAUGGGUCUCUUGCUUUGCCAGGUGAACCCAACACCGCUCUGCCCUAUUGGUUAUCCGCCCUCGACGUUUUCGAGUCAGGGUACAACCUACCCGUGCGUACCAACGCUUCCUACGCGUGUAGGGAACACUGGUUGCUUGCUGUGUCCGACAGUCGAGUUUUGAUAGCACUCAUUGGUCAGUUCAUCACAGAGAAGGAACAUAAACGUAGCACCAGCGAACUCUUCACGCGCGACAGCAAGUGGGCCCGCAGUUCACCGCUCGGAACCAUCGUUGCUCUACGCCCUCCCCCGACGCAGAGGAUGGCACUCUCUCUUAUGUCCCUUAGCGAGUUGAUGCUGAUUGCCACGGACCAGUUUAUGAGGGGGAUACUUCAUAUGCCCCACCAACCCCCGACUGACUUCCCAUAUUUUUCACGCGCCGGAAAACUACUCACAAUUGCAACGGAGGUCCUGGAAGUCGUGGAGCGCUUGCCAUCGCUUGAAGAGAGACGCCGCUGGGCUGCGUGGGUUCAAUCGAUCCUGAAUCUCAUCAAGCCAGAGAAGUCUACUGAGGGAGAGGGGGAGCGCACAGCGCUCACCAGACUACGCUGUUGUUCACUCGUGUGUCCUCCGGGUCAGGGGACAGAGGUGGCAGAUGAUCAUUGACAGUUCAGCCUCCCUGGCCCGUGGCGCGGAACUCUUCAUGGUUUCAACAUUCUCUGGUUUGCCCUUUCCUCCCAAGCUCUUGGAUCCGUGUUCAGGUAAUGUCCUGCAAUUUCCAAAGCUAUGAAUAUGUAAUUUCUUUCCUGGCUAUCAUUGAUCGUAGAAUAUACACGCGUUUUCAGGUUUGUUUCUAAUUGUUGUAUUAUGAUAGUGAGUUUCUAGUCAUCCUUGGUGUCAGUUAGACCUUGUUGCCCAUCACCUUGGUUCUUGUAAAAUCAGGAGUCGCCAUGCAAUGAUUCAACG